AUGCAGUUUUUCACAGCUGUCUGCAUAAUCUUCUUGCUAGCAUGCAUUGCUGAAGUUGGAGCAGGAAAAAUGGUUUUUAAUGCAGUGAAAUACGGUGCCAUUGCCGAUGGAAAAACCGAUAACAGCAAGGUUUUUCAAGAUGUAUUUAACAGAGCUUGUCAAAUGGAAGGAAUCAAUGUGGUUUCGAUCCCACAUGGAAGAUAUAUGCUGGGCCCAACAGUGUUCAAAGGCCCAUGCAAGGGCCACGUAGAGUCUCUUGUCGUGGGGACCCUACUGGCUCCUACUGACAUAGCAUCUUCUCUUAAUGUCGACCAUUGGAUCAGCUUCCAAUACAUGGACAGGCUCGUAAUCGGCGGAGGUGGGUCGUUGGAUGGCCGAGGUUCCUCUGCUUGGCCCUACAAUUCUUGCAGCAAAAGACCAAACUGCAAGCCUCUUCCCCCUUCGUUGAGAUUCGAUUUCCUCACCAAUUCAUGGAUUACCGGACUAACUUUAAUCAAUAGCAAGGGUGUCCAUAUAAACAUUUUCGGCUGUGACGGUCUGAACUUACGACACGUCAAUCUAAUAGCUCCGGCAAACAGCCCCAACACCGAUGGAAUCCACAUUGGUUCGUCGAGAAACAUCGACAUACCGAAUGCUCGAGUAGCAACCGGAGAUGACUGCGAUUCCCUGGGCCCUGGCUCUAUGUACAUAAACAUUACAAACGUUAUAUGUGGUCCCGGCCAUGGAAUCAGCGUUGGGAGCCUCGGGAGGUCGCCUAAUGAAGAAGAUGUUCGUGGAGUGAAGGUGAGAGACUGCACCUUCAUUGGCACUGCCAAUGGCUUGAGGAUCAAAACAUGGGCUCUUCCUUAUGCAAGCAGUGUUUUCGGUCUGACCUUUGAGAACAUUAUCAUGGAGCAUGUCAACAACCCCAUCAUCAUUGACCAACAAUACUGCCAAGCUGGGAAUUGUCAGAAGGAGGGUGAUUCCCAAGUUCAGAUUCAAGAUGUGAAGUACAGAAACAUUAGAGGCACUUCGAGCACAAAGAUGGCAGUAACUUUAAAAUGCAGCAGAAGUAAACCUUGCCAGAAGAUUGUGCUCAGAGACGUUAAUCUGUUUUACAGUGGUGGACCAGCCACUUCCUCAUGUUUUUAUGCCAACGGUGUUGCUUAUGGUAUUCAACGCCCUCCCUCUUGCAUCUAG